UGCAGGCACCAAGUUCCAUGCACUGAAACGGAUAGGUGGCUUCAGCGGGUAUGUUAACCUGGAGGUAUUAUCUACAAAAUGGUGAACAUUCAAUUUUCCCCAGAAGUCAGCCGACACGAGGAACGGCUUGCAGGUCCAACAGUCAGCAUACUAAACAAUCGGAUAAAAAGGAAUUUCAAUCCAACGUUGCUGAAGGUCGAGUACAAAGCCCUGAAUCCCGUUACAAUCAAAUGGUACGUCGACGGAGUCAAGGUAGGGGAGGCCAUGGACAGAGUCAGGUCCUCAAGCACUUCACUGAGACUCAGUACGGAGUGGCUAUCCAGGCAUCCACAGAGCAGAUACAAGGUGUCCGUGUUCGACCAGCAACUCGGGCGAGUUGAAGGCGCCAACCCGGUCACGAGAUCGUGCCGUGUGAAGGUCGUACUCGGGGACCUGAGCAACUACAAUCUAUGUGUCAAGGGGUGUAGGUGCAGACGGUCGAGUCGGGUACAAGGAUUGUUCAGUGGGCAUGUCUUUUGGAUAUACAAGAAGACCACUACAAGUACUAGAGACAUAGUGUCCCAAAGAAACAGGGAUACUAACUCUCACAGAGCCCAUCUCAACCUUCAACUCAAAUUUCACGGACCUCUAACUCACCUAUGAGAACAUUGAAUUAAAACAUAAAAACUUAUUAUGAGACUCAACACACAUGGAGUCAACUUGACGAUAGGUGGCAGCAGUCACAUGUGUUGCCGUCGUUGUAUGACCGAUACAUUAUUCGCCUAGGCAUGAGGAUUAUUAUAGCAAACCAACCGAUUGGGUUUGCUGAAAGUAGUAGCGUUUCAAAAGGCCUCCUUCGAACCAUAAUUACAGCCAAAACCUGCACAAGAAGUGCCAUUUUAAACAUGUAAUUAUUUUGUAAAGUGAGAGAAAAAGGUUUUUGGAAACAAUGACAGCUUAAACACUCCUUUAAAGACUCUGUACACUAUUGGUAAAUGACAAAGACCAGUCUUCUCACUUGGAGUAUCUCAACA